GCGAACGGGGAAUGUUUACAAGCUGUCUGCUGGGAGUGUCAGGGAGGAGCUGAGAAGCCCCACCUGUCCGCCCUCCAUCACUCGUAAAGAGGAAGUCUUAGGUGUGUCCUGUAGAAUACCACAGGCUGGUGCAGGUGGCGGCCAUGGAGGAGUCGGUGUUGAAGCUGCUGGAGAGCGGUACUCAUCAGGACGUGGGUCGCCUACUGAAGGAGUUUGUGGGGAAGUAUGAGAAACAGUUCACACCCGUGGGCCUUGAACCUGAAUGUUGCGACCGGCUGUGGGACGUUAUCAUGGGGCGACUGAGUGAUCCUCUGGCUAACACCACUCAUCAAAUUUGUCUCUCUGCUAUUAGAAUUUUGAGUCGUGACAAAUCAUCGCUGUAUAGGGUUAUUGACAGUACCAGACUGGCAGUGAUUGUCCGUCUGGCCGGCCUGGUCCCAGAAGAGGAAGCCUUGGAGCGUCUUAAUCAACAAAUCAAUUAUGAUGUGGUGAUAGAAGCACAGAAGUGCCUGAGCAAUUUGGUGUACAACAGCAGCUCCAUCCAGAGGAUGUGCUGCAACAACAGCUGCGUGCCGGGCCUUAUGUGCCGCCUCAAGACAUUCAGGGACCCAGAGUUACCUCACAUCGUCAAGUACUUUGAUAUGAGACUCCUUUUUUUACUGACGGCUUUCUGUGGGGAUAUUAGACCGCAGCUACGAUCCGAGUACCAUGGCCUCACGUACUUAAUAGAGAUACUGGACUUGUCACUAAAAACUGCCCAGGAAGAUAGUGAAAUUCAAUCUAUCAAUGGUUAUAUCCCAUGUCCUGUAAUUUUUAAUGAUGAACAGGCAGAGCUAGUGAAUGAGGUUUUAAAAGUCCUAUACAAUCUAGUCCUCCAUAUUGAUAAGAACUGCCCAGAUGAAGAGGAGGACAGCCACUGCCUACGACUGAUCAGCAUCCUCCGCUCUCUUCUGCUGGCAUCUUGUCGGUGUCCAGAGAAAACAGAUUCACUACACAGCAAUACUGUUAACUUGCUGUUAGUGAUGCCUCCGAACAUGUAUGAGGAGUUACUGUUGAGUAUGCCGCAGGCCAGCGGUGGGCCCACGUCCCCACCUGUUCCUGCUGUAGUCACUACACAACCAACUGCUGGAGCAAUGGCACUGAUGGAAGCUGCCUGCUUCACCGAGGUCAAUAGUCAUGACUUUGAUGAGCGCUCUUGCGAGUAUGAUGGCAAAGACAUGACAGCCAUUAUACAACUUCUAGAUUUUCUUGAUUCAAGAUUAAAAGCUCCUGGCCAAUCCUCAAACAAGUCCCUCAUGCCAAUUUUGACUCUGAUGGUUGAGAUGGUGCAGGCCAACCGUACUAUCCGCAAGUUUGUACGUUUACGUGUAUUACCUCCUCUUCGGGAUGUAAGUAAAAGACCUGAGGAGGGGCAUACACUUCGCAAUAAGUUGUGUACCCUAAUGACUUCACCUCUUCAUGAUUUGAAGCACUUGUCUGCAAAUUUCCUCUUCAUACUGUGCAAAGAAAGUGUUGACCGCCUCAUAAAGUACACUGGAUAUGGAAAUGCAGCAGGACUCCUUGCUUCCCGAGGUCUUAUGCUUGGUGGUAGUAAACCAGCGGUGGAUUAUUCCUCGGACUCGGAGGAUUCUGACACUGAGGAGUACGAAAGAGUGAGGGAAAUGGUGAACCCAGUGACUGGCAGAUAUGAGCCGCCUCGGCCUUCACCACUAGAGGGUAUGACGGAUGAGCAAAAAGAGCACGAGGCAAUGAAGCUUGUUAAUGUUCUCGAUAAACUUACAAGAAACAACAUUAUCCAGCCGUGCCGCAUUGGUGAUGACGGAAAACCGCACCCUGUGGAGAGCGUGAUGGAACUGCAAGAAGGGAUGGGCGUCAUGCACCCACCCGACCACAACAACGAUGACUCUGACUAGUCACGCUACCUUCAUGCCUCGGGAUGCAACAAUCAUGUUAGUCACAUUAUAUGCAUUCUAUCCAGAUCAUGACUAAAAUAGUCUAUGUCAGCAAACUUUGGUGGGAAGCAUAUCUGCAAGCUGAUAUUGCUAAGGAGAUUAUCUCGGUAGCUUUUAAAAGCAAAAUGUUCUUUGAGCAUAUAUAUAUGCUGACAGUUUGAGCUAUGAUAACUAGGUUGAAUGAGUUGUUAGUAAUUAAGAAGCUAUUUAUCUUAGAUAAUAUUCAUCCCUAUUUAGUCCACAUUACAGUAUUUAUAACACUUCUUUCUGUGGCCAAGUACUCUAUUCUGUUAGUUUAUAAUUCAUCACUGCCUGUGCAAAUGACUCUUAUUAAUUUUUUUUAGAUUUUUCUUAGCUAUAAACAUUUAUAAAAUACAGAAGUUACAUACUAAAUACUGUAAUCAGCUGUUUUAUGUAAAAAUCAUUUGAGCAUAUGCACACAGAGUUCAACUAUUACCUGUAGCCUAGGUUUGUGUUUGGAACAAUUUAGUAUUUUUCUACUCUUUGCCAAUGAUGUCAUGUUAGUUGGUGUGUCCAGUUUAGUGUGAGGGUAGAGUAGGUUAUACUUUUAGUGUGAUGGUUGGUGUUAGUGUGUCCAGUUUAGUGUGAGGGUAGAGUAGGUUAUCCUUGUAGUGUGAUGGUUGGUGUUGCUUAAAAAGCAAUUAAUUGAAAAGACUAUGUAUCACUUGUCACAACUCAAGCAGACUUGCUCUCAAAAUACUUUGCUACUGAAGCACCAUUGCCAGCAUCUUGUGUAGACCCAGCCUCACAAACCAAGACCCUAAUGCGAGUGAUAGUGACACCAUCACUGUUAUGAUGAGAAAUCAAACCCUCAAGAAUAAUAAUAAUAAUAUUGACAUCACCAAGAAUGUAUAUACAUGAAAAAAGAACAAGACUGAAGAAAGACUUCUACACCACCGUGCCUCUUGAACUGUUGCUCAGUUAAGUCUGUCAUUAGUCCAGCAGCUGGGUCAAGCCCUGGCACAUUUUCUCUUACAGCAGCUCUUCUCGUCAAGCUUCAACUUCUAUUCUUCAACGGCACCCACUUCCUGCUUGUCUUGGCUAUAUUUAAAGUGAAAGGAAGAGUAGGUUAUACAUGUAGCAUAAAGACUGGUGUUGGCAUUUCCAGUGCUUAUGUAGGUGUCUUAAGGGGAAGUAAGGUCUAGCUUUUUGUCCUGCCUACCAGCCUUGCUGUACCUUUUGUGUAUUAAUUGAACAAUUCUGACAUUCAAAUUCUUUGUCGAAUCUGGUCUUGUGGUUGUACAUGGAAGUGGUUUCCACACCAUCUUCUUUCAGUGCAUUCCACUUGUUCAUUACCUGUACAGGGUACAAGUAUUUCCUUACAUUUCUUCAGCUCAUUUAUGUGUCCGCCUUUCACCUGUGUCCUCUUGUCCUGCUUUCUCUCAGUUUGAAGAGGUUAUCCUUUUCCACCAAUCUAUUCCUUUCAGUAUCUUUUAUGUUAUGAUCAUAUCCCCUCUAUUCCUUUUAUCCUCUAGGGUUGUGAAAUUUAGUUCCAUUAGCCUAUUCUCAUAGCUUAACCUUCUUAGCUCUGGCACCAAUCUAUAGAGUUGCAAAUGUGUGUGCCUUUCAAUCUUGGUUUAUGCUUCACAAGUGGAGAGUAUAUGUGCAGCAUAAUGGUUAGUAUUUUGAGAGUUGGCUGAAGAUGUGUUAAAACACUCAUCACUGUCUCAUACUACCAGCUGGCCUUGUUUUUUCCAUAUAUUCAUUAUCUUAUGGAGUAUAAUAUAUGGGGGUCACCAUUUUUCCUACAUGGCUUUGCUCGCAUUGCAGUCCCACUUGUUCACCACCUCCAUUUUCUUUACCUAUAUGUCACUUAUUACAAUAAAUACUGAUUUGCUAUUAUUUUUUCCACCUUAUGCCUUUCUCUGAUAUUUAUUUGUGUUUCAUCACUAGUUUGUCCUUGCCGAGGGCAGUGUUCAUGCUUGUCCUUGCCGAGGGCAGUGCUCAUGCUUGUCCUUGCCGAGGGCAGUGUUCAUGCUUGUCCUUGCCGAGGGCAGUGCUCAUGCUUGUCCUUGCCGAGGGCAGUGUUCAUGCUUGUCCUUGCCGAGGGCAGUGCUCAUGCUUGUCCUUGCCGAGGGCAGUGCUCAUGCUUGUCCUUGCCGAGGGCAGUGCUCAUGCUUGUCCUUGCCGAGGGCAGUGCUCAUGCUUGUCCUUGCCGAGGGCAGUGCUCAUGCUUGUCCUUGCCGAGGGCAGUGCUCAUACUUGUCCUGGCUUGAAAGUUAUUCACUGAACUUUCUUUUAUGUUAGUUUUAUCUUAGUCUUUAAGAAAACAGCACAAGGUACAAGAAACCUGGCCAGAAAUGUGAGAGUGCCACAUGAAUAAGAGAACCACAGUUUGCCUACAAAGCGUGUAGGCAGGAAAACAAGACAGCUUUGUGAACCCGAGAUAGUGUCACGUCAAAUAUACAAGGCAUGCCAAAACUGUCAGACUGCGAGCAGUGGCAUAUAACAAGCACCAACUUGACCUGGUUGAUUGACCAAACCACCAACCAGGAGGCCUGGUCAGAGGCUGGGUCGUUGUGAUAUCGAUUCUUGGAAUCACUUCACGGUAAUGUAAAGGUAGGUACAUAUGCAGGUAGUGAAGAAUCAAACAGCAUUCCAAUGUGUUGCUUGAGUUAAGAACAAGUUAGUAAAAUCUCACCAAAUGUAGAUACUGAAGUAGAGAAUAUUAUAGAAAGCUGGUAGUUCCACAAGGCAAUGCCUUCCUUGAGACCAUGUACAGAGCUGAACUACAUAGUAUUGCAUUAAAAACAUAGUAAUCAGUCCAUAAUCAUGACAUUUAUUAAAUAUAAAAUUAAUAUAAUGUUCUCCUCUAUGCACAGUCACAUUUUUUGGUCUAUUAACAAUACAACACAAUAAAUGGAUAUACAGUAUUUUGUUUUAUAUAAUAUAGUACUCUAUUAUGCUUUAACAACACAUUGCAGUACAUAACAACUGUAUGCUUGCUAAUCCAGAUCAUAUGGGCCCACCCUUUUAUGAAUUAACCAGUCAUCUGGAUUAGCAGGAAUUCUUACUGGGAAGGUUAAAAAAUAAACAUACAGUAUUAAAAAAGUUUGUUCGACAAUCGAUAUAAUUCAUAUUUCGACACAGUAAACAUAAAUUUACAUGGUUAGGGGGAGGAUCUUAGGGUACAAUUGAUUUUAUUUAUAUAUACAGGAGUUCUUACAUUAUUGUACAGACACAAGCAUGCAUAGCAUUUUGGGCACUACAAUACAGUACUUGUAGUACUAAAAUAAUUUUGUGACAGUAACAGAAAUGUCAGGUUACCCUGUUGGAAUUUGCUAGCUUGAUUGAUAAAGAGCUUCAAUAAUAAUUUAUUAACUCAUCCUGACCUAACAUAACACUAAAAUCAAUGUACACGAGCAUGACAAAGUCAGUUUUGACUGCCACCUGCUGAAGCUUCACUAGUUGAAGGCCCUUGGCUUUCUGGUGACCAUAGGUUUCCCAAUGUCAUUAAUAAACCUUGCCAAAACUCUUAGUAACCCAGAUUUCUGACAGUUUGGUGAAGUUGGCAGAGAAAACUUGGAAUCAAGUUGUCUGGAUUACCCAAAGGUCUGGGUUAAUAGGGUCUGGAUUAGUGAGCUCUUACAUCACUUCAUUCUGUUGUUAAAUAUCAUGAUUAUCAUUGGUCCUGUUAUGAACACAAUUGAAUUUAGAUUGAAUCUGUUCACUAUAAUACAUUUUUGUUAAUUAAAGUAUCUUUCAAUUUUCUUAUUUAUGCAUUUAAAAUAAUUUACAGUUAACAAGUUUGUGAAAAAAAUGAACUUGGUCCAGAGGAUUCAUAGUGAAGCAUAAAACAGAGUUGACUUGUGUCUACUGUAUAUAAUUAUUUAAUAUUACUGGCCAUAUGAUGCUUUAUGAUACGUACCUUUAACACAACUUGCCGUGUUCAGUGGAACUUGUAUACUUUAGGUGUGGGAGUUUCAGUACAGUAUGUGAUAUGAAAAUAUGCGGUGUUUGUGUCGGUUAUGAAUAUGCCUUAUCAAUAUUAAUAUAUAUGAUUUUUAAUAAUUCUUGGAAUAAUCUGUGGUACAGUACAAGAUAAAAUAAAUGCUUAAAAAAAAAAAAUGUUUCCAGCACUAACAUGUAUUAGUCAGUGUGUAUAUAAGAGAUGGUUGCAUGCACCGAGUCUCUACUGUUAUCACCUGUCUCCCAAAUUAUACUCUUUUAGGAAUCUAAAUUCCAUUUUUAAUGUUGAUUAGGGCCAGUGUUCAACCUGUCCUCACACAAUGCAGAACACUUUUGGCUUCGUAGAUCUCGGCGUGAAAAUUUCAGUGCUUUAGUGAAUUUAAAAGCACCGAAGCACUGUAGUGAUGCUUCCACAGAUUAAUAAGCAAUGGAAUUUAUAGAUUAGGGAGAUCUCCUAGGUUCAAGCAAUUGAGGUUAUGUAAAAUUGCUUCAAAUUUGGCACUUGUCCAUCUGUGGUAAUGGGCUGCAGUUAUGGUAUUUUGUUUAUAUAGGCGUGAUGAGCAUUACAUAUACCGGUAUAUAUUGCUUUGUACUGAUAAUGUAUGUAUACAGUGUGUAUGGGAGUUUACCGUACUAGCUAUUCUGUCUUAUUUAUGAGAGACACUAUUGCACUACAUCAAGAGCAUUAUUAAUUACAAACUAGGAACAAAAUGUUCUUCUUGUCUUAAAUACAAUAGGAAAUUAUUUUCAUGGUGAAAACUGUAACUGCAAUUUGAAAUUACUGUACAGUACUAUAGUAAAGCAAACUUUAAAUACAAUAUAAAACUAAAGCAGUAAAGCACACAUGUAGGUUUUGCUGUACAAUAUAGUGAUGGUCCUCUUUACUAACUUGAACAAUCACGUAUGAAAUACUUAAAUAUCUUCUCGAUUUACUUGAUGCAUGUAUUGGGUAAUGUGAGAAUUAUGAUGAUGGCGAGUGAUUCAAGACCAGUUGUGUACUUAAUUGGGUGUAAAGGAGAACAAGCAUUGUAGAGGUUUAGGAUAUUGGGAUAGAUUGUACCACUUCCAAGUAGUAACACAUCAACUUGUACAGUCCCAUGGACCUGUAUUCAACAUAUCCACAAUCCUUAGGUUAUGUAAAGUUUUCUAGGAUUACGUAUGUAAAGUGCACGUUUAUCGUACGCCAAAGCAUAACUGUUGUACAAUAUAAUAUGAUACGACUUGGAAGUGCUCAAGCAAGACCCAUAACACACACUGUAUUGGGUUAUGUUCAAGAGGUCAGAUAUUCAUGAUAGCAGUAAUUUUUUGUUUUGUCUUUGGUAGUAAUGGCUAAGCUGAGUGGUCUAAAACAAAGCAACAAAGGCCCUAUAUUUUCUUGCAAAUCAUGUGUAACUAAUAGUUGGAGUGGAGGCUUGCUCUAUGAUAUCAAAACCAUUCAUUUAUAUGGCAGAAUAAGUGAUUAUGAUGAGGCUAUGGUUAAGUUAUUUUACUAGAACAAGUUAGGAAAUGUGUUUAAAGUGGGUAAAGGGGAGUGUUGCUGUGAUAACGGGCAAGCAUGGAAUAUUGUUUCGUAACGAGCUUGAGUGGUACAGUGUAUAUUGUUUCGAUGAAAAGCUAGAGUGGGGUGCUGCAUUGCUGAUUAAAUGACUCAAGUGGAGUAUUGUUUGAGUUAAGAGCUAGGAUUGGUACUGUUUAGAAAUAUGAAUAUGACUAAGCCCUGCUGGUGGUACUGGAAGAUGACAGAGGAAGAAAGGAAUUUAUCUGAUAUAGUGUUCAUGGUGGAUUUGACCUAAGCAUAUUUUUAUUAAUAGGCUACCAGUUAUAAUUAUGAGUAUUAAAGUAAUAUUACUUUGAGUUUGAUAUAUAAAAAAGAAUUAGAUAUGUUCAUAAUUAAAAUAUUGAUAUUGUUUUAUUACAUUGUUGUGCAAUAUAUGCUAAUGUCUUGCAAAUACUGUCUAGGUAUUGUGUUUCAAUCUGUUGUCGCCGUUUAGGUUAUACUUUUCUGUCUCUCAAGCUAAAGAUAUUUUUUAUCUUAGUGGUUAGGUAUAACAAAAAUGUGUUUUGUUAUUAUAAUAAGCAACACACAUUUAUAUUCUGGCCUUCAAGAAGCUUCUUUAUACCGAGAUAUUUUCAAAGAAGCUAAUGCAAAAUAGGUAAUGAGAGCAUUAAUGUUUUUCACCAGCUGUUCACUAAGAUAUGGGAAUUUGCCACAAUAUUGGCUAUCACUUGCCUACUUUCACACUGUUUGGUAUCAGUACAGUAUCAUUUGAUAGCUUGAUACAUUGUUGUUUUAUAUUAUUUUGAUAAAUCUUGACUCUUUAUCUGCUCACUUUUUUCUCUAUUCGGCCAUCUUGUUCAUAUAAUAUUUUGGCAAUCACUACUCUUAUAUUCAGCCGGCUGCAUACUCAUCAUAUGUUAGUUAUAUUUUCUUUUAAUCCAUCCAAAUUUGUUUCAUACAGUUGUUAACUAAUUUUGACAGUUCUGUAUCUGUAUUAUUGUCUCCUGGUCUCCGACUUUCAUUGGUGUCCUGAGAUAGCAUAGAAUUAUUCCUAGCACUGAAAAACCACUUGGCUUAGAGCUGAAGCACUAAAACUAAGUCUAUUAAAAAAAUAAGAUCAAUCCCAAGUCACACUUGAAAUAGUCUCAUUAUAUUCAGAAUAAGUCCUAAAUUCCAUUUGUAUUGGUAUAAACGACUACUCUUUACAUCCCUAAGUCUUUUUAAUAACCUCCCAUUUCAUUUGCUUCCACAAGUUGUUGUCUUGCACUGUGUUCGGACUAUGCCUGUUGAAUCUGUUGGAGGAAUUUUCAUAGUUGAAGAUAAAUACAGGUGUAGAAGAGACAAUUGUGUUGGCUGCUGCUUGUUCAGAUCUAUAGUCACUUGCCUACACUUUUCAUUGCUAACAAUCACUGAUGUUUUAUUACAUAGAUUCAGGAUUUUGGGUAUAAUCUUUAAUAAUUGUAAACGGGGACACUACUUUGAAUCACUACACGUUAAUCGCUAGAUAUUUGUAUUUUUUGUUUUAAGAUAUUUGACAUGUGGUAUUUUGUGUGAAUUUAAUGACAUUAUAUAAUGCACUCCUAAAUGAUUAAUAAUAAUCUUUGGAGUCUUACCACAUUAUACAGCUCUCAUAAGAGCAAUUAUGCUUUGGUACAUUAGUAGAAGACUAAACCGUAAAUCAAAGUUGGAGUUUCGUCGUGAUUGAUAACAAUUUUAGUUCUUGGCCCAAGGCCAGAAAACCAUCUCGAUUGAUGGAGUAUUUUGAGGCAAGCUUUGAAACUGUAGCCUGGUGGUGUUGAGUAUGCAAUCACUUGAUGCAAAUGCCUGAUAGUGUCUGGUGAACAAUUUUUCCAAUUUUUGAAUCUGUACUACAUUAAUGUUAAAGGUGUCUUGAAUGUGAAAGAUGAUUAUGAUGAUACUGAAGACUGAACCACAGUCAAACUGAUGUUUGCAUAUAUUACUAUGUGUGUAUUGUAUAGGAAAAUAAGCAGCUUGUAAGUACAUUUAUCCUAUUAAACUUAUUCUGGCUGAAAUGCAACAAUUUUGCCUGUCAAUAGAUCAAACAUAUAUAUAUAUAUAUAUAUAUAUAUAUAUAUAUAUAUAUAUAUAUAUAUAUAUAUAUAUAUUAUAUUAUAUACUGUAUAUAUAUAUAUAUAUUAUAAAAAAUACUGUAUUGGCAUUGAUGAUUUAUCUGUAGAGUUGUUUUGGUGUGAAGUGUACUUGAUUAAAGUGUCAACAAGAGUAGGUGUUGCUAGAUGUGUUCAUGUAAAAGUAUUCAUUUUAUCGUGUGUCUCGCGCCGAGGCAUUAUUGUUAAGUAUUAGUUGUGGUUUAGUGUUGCAUAACAAGACACCAUGCUUCUGCUUACCAGUUCACAAAGGCCAUACUUUUAUGCAUUUUUAUAGAUAUUUUUAUAUUAAUAAGUUACUAAUUAUAAAAGAUGAUUUUAUUUCUGAAUUGUGAUAUUGUAUAUAUCUUAAAGUUGAUUUUUACAAAUUUUAUUGAGAUGUAUUGAAUCUUUAUGUAAACUAUUAUCGACUUCCUCAAAUUCACUUUUUUCCUUUUAUGUAAUCACAGUACUGUAUCUUUCUGUACAUUAUAAGAGUAAGUGAUGUUACGAAUAGUGAGCAUAAAAUUGUCAUGUAUUCUGUAUCAAUUAUGGACCAAUAACAGGGAGUUCAAAUCAUGUAUAAUUAUUAAGUAAAUUAAUUGGACUUGUGUGUUC